CACCUAAACAUGACAGGCAAUGUAGCUUAUAUGCACAAUUGUAUAUUUAUUGCAAGUGAACUCUUUAGGAAUAUAUAUAAAAGAGGGAAUGAGCGAUAUUCCAGAUAAUUUGGGUACUGAUUUAGAAUUCACCCAAAGCACCAUCUGUGAAUGCAUAUUAUAUUGAACCUUGAAAAAAUGGGCUAUGGUAGCAGAAGACCACACUGGGUUUCACUGUUGUCAACUAAGAACAGGAACAACAGGAAACUGUGGCUACAAUUCGCACAGGCUGAGCAAAAUUAGACAACAGAAGACUUGAAAAACAUUGCCUGUUCUGAUGGGCCUCGAUUUCUGCCGUGACAUUCGGAUGGCACGUACAGAUACAUGCUUGUAUCAGCAGUUAAGGUUGUUGGUGGUGUAAUGAUGUGGUCUUGGCACACUUUGGGCUCCUUAGCCAUUGUCCUUUCCAUUCUUUGCCAAUGUUUUUUGAUCAAUUAAACUCUAAUUAAAUAGUUCUGUGAGGCAUUUAUUCACUAUCUUAAUUGCUUGUUGUGAGUCAAGACAAAUUAUGGUUGUCUUGACUCACAGCAGGACUAUAAUUUAAGACUGCUGUAGUAAAAGGAGGAUUGUGACUUCCAUCUGCACUAAUUUAAAUUCAGUGGUAUGGCUUUAUUCUGGGACACAUCUCUGAGAGCAGGAGCAAGACCCCCACCCCCCCAAGGCUGGGGUGGAGAUGGUUUGUAAUGCCUUUUGCAGAUAUGCAGGAACUGUACACAAUCUGAAGCAGCUUAAAUAGCGCGCCCUAUAUGAGAUUUGCUAAUUGGAUGUAUGGAAGCUUAUCAGCUGAAGCGUCAGCUGAUGUGAUCUGGGAUUGAGAUCAGCUGAUCUGCCUGGAUUGUGACUGAGAUUGACCUUAUGAUCUGCCUGAAACAGUACUGUGCUUGGUUAAUAUAGAACAGAGAAAAGCAGGAAAUCCUCUCAUCUGCCAAACUGCAAUCAGUGCCUGUUUCACAGUUUUUACUUGAUGAGAGAUUUCAGCAACGUUUCUGACACUUCCUGAAAUUGAUGACCACAUCACGUUUCCAUCUUUUAGAAAUGUUCUGCUUGUUUGGGUUGAGCUUAGCGCCUAUGCCAUCUGCAUGUCAGAAUCUAUUAAAUGCAUGCUGGGAACUGUCUCCAUCUCCUUUCUCUUCAGCCUGAUCAUCCAUCUGUCCACCUAUUUGUAUCUGCAGUCUUUCCCCUCCUUCCUCUAAGAUCUCCCUCUUCCACUCGCCCUCUCAUUAGAGCUGCUGAAUUAUUUAACAUCAGACAGUGGGCUUGGCUGCUGAGCCAGAAGGAGAUGAAGAGGAGAGGAGGAAAAGCUGGAGAGAGACGGGGAAGCAUGGAGGUGUCCGACGCUGCAGGAAGUCGUGAGUCAGCAGGGAGAGAAAGGAACAGUGGGAGGGAGGAGUGAAGGAGUUUAUAGAUAGCUUUAGGUGAUACGACAGGAGAGAGUGGCGUCAAAUGCCUCCCAGUGCGUUUGUGUCCGCGUUUGUGCAUGCGCGCAUCGAUUGAGCGGAGAAGGUCAUGGAGCUGAGAGGAGAUUAGCAAACUGGACUCGGAGUAGGGGGAGUGCGGCAGCAGAGCUAACGCCUCCUCUGAAUAGCGCAGAAACAGGAGGGCUCAAUACAAAAAGGACAAGAGGAGCUGUUGCAAUAUGGGGGAGAGCUAUAUGUACCAGCGACUCCCCUACACCAGAGGAGAGGGGGAGGGGGAGGACGAAGAGGCGAGAGACAGGAGUGUCGGAGGACAAAUGAUGCAGUGUGAGGAGGGCACAGAGUGGCUGCUGGAGCUACUGACAGAUGUGCAGCUGCAGCAGUACUUCCUGCGGAUCCGUGAUGAUCUCAACGUCACACGACUCUCACACUUUGACUACGUCAAGAAUGAAGACCUGGAGAAGAUCGGCAUGGGACGCCCGGGUCAGAGGAGGCUCUGGGAGGCAGUCAAGAGGAGACGAGCGCUUUAUAAAAGAAAAUCCUGGAUGAGCAAGGUGUUUCCAGUGAAACGGCCGGACGCUGACCCACAGCAGCCCCACGGGGCAUCGUCUGCUGCGGUCCCGGCCAGUAGUGAGUCAGGGGCUGCGCUCACCUGCCUGAUCAGAGAGUCGGAGCUUCAGCUGUUCGAGCGGCUUGGAGACGGGACAUUCGGGGUGGUGCGGCGAGGAGAGUGGACUGCACCAAACGGCAGAGUGUUGUCAGUGGCAGUAAAAUGCCUGAAAUCAAAUGUACUGGACUCAGACGGUCUGGAUGAUUUCAUCAGAGAGGUGAAUGCCAUGCAUUCACUGAGCCACCAAAACCUCAUCCGCCUGUAUGGCAUCGUCCUCACACAGCCUAUGAAGAUGGUGACUGAGCUGGCUCCUCUGGGCUCCCUGUUGGAUCGGCUCAGAAAGCGGCAGGGUCACAUCCUCAUCUCCUCGCUGUGUAACUAUGCCGUGCAGGUGGCAUGUGGGAUGGCCUACCUGGAGCAGAAGCGUUUCCUCCACAGGGAUCUCGCAGCCCGUAAUGUGCUGCUGUCCACCAAUGAAACUGUGAAGAUCGGAGACUUUGGCCUAAUGAGGGCGCUGCCUAAACAUACCGACCAAUACGUCAUGGAGGAAGGCCACAAAAUCCCUUUCCCCUGGUGUGCUCCAGAGUCUCUGAAGUCUCGUACUUUCUCUCACGCAUCUGACACCUGGAUGUUUGGGGUCACCCUUUGGGAGAUGUUCACCCACGGACAGGAGCCGUGGUUGGGUCUGAAUGGGAGCCAGAUCCUUCACAAGGUGGACGUGGAGGCUGAGAGGCUGUGUAAACCAGACGAUUGUCCUCAGGAUAUCUACAAUGUCAUGCUGCAGUGCUGGAGCCCCAAACCUGAAGACAGACCAACUUUCAUUGCCCUCAGAGACUUCCUGCUCGAGACCAUGCCCACAGAUAUGAGAGCCCUGCAGGACUUUGAGGAGGAAGACAAGCUCCAGAUUACAAUGAAUGAUGUUAUCACCAUCAUUGAAGGAAGGGCAGAGCACUACUGGUGGCGAGGUCAGAACAGGCGCACGCUGCGUGUCGGUCAGUUUCCCCGUCAUGUAGUGACGUCAGUCGCCGGUCUUUCCGCCCAGGACAUCAGCCGGCCACUUAAACACUCGUUUAUACACACUGGACAUGGAGACACAGACCCCCAGAGGAGCUGGGGACACGCAGACCGCAUAGACAGCCUGUACUUGGGGAACCCCAUGGACCCUCCUGAUGUCCUGGGAAUGGAUUCAGGCAUCGCGAGACUGACCAAACUUCCCAACCGUGCCAAGAAGCUACCUCCCCCUCGUCCACCCCAACCUGCCGUUCUGCUCAAGAAGCCGUUCUACGACUCUGUGAUGGAUGAUUACGAUGACGAGGAAGACGCCAGCGCGUCGUCUGGGUUGAAGAAGCUGGGAGCAUCACUGGGUCUGAAGCUUCGGCCGUGGGAGGGGACAGGCGUGCGUUCAGCCAAGAGCGAGGUGUCGCUUAUUGACUUCACUGAUGACAGUUUCAGCUCUACCACACCUUCUCCGCUCACUGAGUCUCGGCAGCUGGAUGAAGACACCCUAAAGGACACUCCCUCCAUUCUGGACUGGCCUCUCCCCCAGCCAGCGUACGAUGAAGUUACUGCAGAGCCUGAGGAUCAAUCAGAGGACCAGGAAGUGCGGUCCAUAUACAAAGGAUUGACUGAAGAAGCUUCUUCAUCUGCUGGCUUGACAGGAAGGAGCGAAUCCCAGUCAGCCGACCUCUUCCAGGAGCUACAGAGGGAGGUGAUGGUGAAGCUGCAGGUUCCAAUGGCAACAGGCCGCUCCCUCCCCUCCUCCCCACUCCCCAUGCCUCUGGCUCCUUUGGGCCCGCACCGGCAGAUCCACCUUCCCCCUCCAUCUCCCUCGUCUUCCUCCUCCUUUGCCUCCUGCUUUGAGGACAGGCCUGUGCUGCCUCCUCGCAGCCCCGUCCCUCCUCUGCGUCCCUCCAAACACAACCUCUCUGCCCGUGCCAUAAACCCAGAAGCACGCACCAGCUCCAUUUCACUGGGCAACGAAGAUGACACACCUCCUCAGAUCCCACCCAGAGACCACGCCUUUUCUCAGCCAGGCUCUCGCUCCUCGUCACCUGUAGCAUUGCCACCUCCUCCUCUCGCCGUCUCGCCCCGUCGGGCAUCGGGACUGCUGGGUCCACUCCUGUCCUCCAACUCUCCAUCUUCUUCUUCCUCUUUGCCUCAAGCUUCAUCCCAUUCCUCACGCUUAGGAGUUCCUGGCUCGUCGUACUCCUCCACAUCCUUACUGGAUCCACUCGCCUUUCGUGAGGGGCGUGGCCUUUCCUCACUGAUUGACAGUUCGCAGAGCUCUGCCCCCGUCCCACUGCCGGAGAGACCAGCUUUCCUGGAGAGAUACGGGACAGCCAACAUGGCGGCAGUCAAACCCAUGAUGCAGCAGCAGCAGCAGCACCCUGGUGGAGCCAAACCGAACACCUCCUACAACAACAAUAAUGGCCGAACUGCAGCUCCCAGCAUGCAGCGGGAACAGAGCAUCACACAGGUCCAAGGAGCUGUGCACGGUGUCACGAUAGAGGAGUGUCAGGCUGCUCUGCAGAGCCACGAGUGGAGCAUCCCUCAGGCCAUAAACCAUUUAAAGGUGGAGCAGCUGUUUCGGCUGGGGCUGCGUUCAAGAGCCGAGUGCGAGGAGCUGCUGCAGCAUCACCAGUGGGACCUGGAACGUGCCAGCACGGUCAUGCUGGACACAUACGGACCACAUCGCAACAGGAAGUGAGAGCAGGAGGACAAAUUGAGCGGCAGUCACCUUCUGACAAGCUCCCGAGCUCAUCUGGAUCAGCGCGCUGACACCGAGUCGGCAGGAUGACUCAUUGCUCCAAAGACCAGAGACGCUUUUUAAUGACCAUACAGCAGCAUAUGUGAAUACCUGCUACUACCUGCGUCACUCACAUGCAUGCUCACUAUAACCCAAAGGAGCAGCUGUUACAUGAUUCACAAUAUUUACUUGAACAGUUGUUAUUUAUCUUUUUUUUGUUGUUAUUUUUUUUAUCAUUGCAUUAAUCCAGAGUUUGUUUCAGCUGGUACCUGUUGCAGACUUUUUCUGGUUGUGAGGUUGUUGUAGAGGCCCGUGUGUGUGCGUGCGUGUGUGUGUGUGUGCAUAAGCUUACUGUAAUGUCAAAUGGCUGUUUGCUGUCAAAAAGAAUCAGGGAGGUAUGAGCUGGCGUAUAGUUGCACUUUUAGGAAAAAUAUACAGAUAAUGUUGUAUAAAACAUUUUACCGAGCAUGUCAACAAAGAUGCUCACUGCUGGUCAGAAGAACAAUCUAUCAGUGAAGUGAAAAUGUUGAUAUGACUGAAAGCAUAUCAGAUAUUAUUAUUAUUACUGUAUUUUUGUGUCUUAAAGGUUCCACGUGGAGUUUUCAUGUAAAAAGGCAUUCAAAAGUCUUUCAAAACCUGCAUUCUUCACAUCCCAGCAAGCUGUCGUCUUUCCUGCCAUUGCUGGCAAAUUGCAAUGUGAAUUGUAAAGAAACUGCUUCAUAGUGCUUUGAGAGUUCAAGAACUCCACAGGUUGCCUUUAAGCAAAACAUUUCUGGCUUUAUAACAGCAGGAAUUCUGAGAGUGAUGUCUUUAGUUUUUAUUAUAAGAAUAUUCCUACCUUUUCCUCGUGGAUACAGGGUAUUAGUCAAAUCUCUGCAAACUAGAUAUCUACUGCUACUUUAAACUCAUGGUUAGUAUUUCUUACUGUGAUUCUGCUGUAUGAUAAUCAUCAUGCUGAAGAACUUACCUGUCACGCACUUGAUUUAGUGGGCUACUGCUACGUGCUGUCGAUGCCAAAUUUCAUAAUGCAUGUGUGCAGAUAUUAAUAAUUUUAACAGCUACAUGGAAAAGUUUCUUUUUUACAAAAAAAACAACAAAACUGGAAAGUUAAACUUCAGACAGGUGGUAGCAGCUUGGUGAAUAUGUUUUUAGCAGUCGUAACUCAGUAUGUGUGAAGCAUUCGGUUAAGCUCAAUUAUGAAAUCUGUUUAAUGUGACACUGACUAUAAUGUACUGUUUAAUCUGAGUCGCUUACAAAUGUAAAAUGCAAAUAUGGCCUUCGUUGUUUUAUAAUAAACUGUAAUCUCAUUUCUGAAA